GUCGCUCGAGCCCGCUGUGUUGACCCCCGACUCCGUAGGGCCCUUGCUGCCCUUUCGCGGGCAGCGCUACAAGGACUCUUUCUACCAAAUCGCAUCGCAAACAGCACCCUACAACAGCGCAACAUGCCCGGUCUCUUCUCCCCAUCCCCGCACCAGCGGUGCCACUCGCGACCACGCCUGUACGAGCCGGUUCCCCGAUUUCCGACCGCCUCUUCUGAAACCUCCGGUCUCCAGGUGACCGACGACGACCACGCGACCAGAAAGCGCUCGCGCUACGACGAAAUCCCCCUGCAAAGCAGUGCCUUCACCUUCACCGCCAAUCCACAACACAACAGUCCCUGGUCGUACUCGCAAAGUUACUCUCGCUCCUCGCUCAGGAGUCCUCCGCCGUUGGCAAACGACCGAUACGAGUUGGCUGGAGGGGUGGAGGUUACGGACCGGUUCGCUAGGCAAAACGGGAACUUGGACGACUACUUCCACCUCGAGAAACAGCGCGAGAUGUGGUCAACGCCUACAAGUCCCCACUACGGCAUACCUCCGCACCUCCAGCCUGAUGAGCGCCCAGUCACACCACCCAGCGCGAAGCCACGGAUGCUGAAUCAGCUGAUGAACAUCGUGGGUGGUGUAGCCGGCAAGCUGUAUCAGUUCUGCUCCGUGCCGUUUCGCGGAUUUCAAGCUGGAGGGGGUCAGGCAUAUUCGUUCGACAAUGAAGAAGUGGCGGCAAAACUGGGGUUACACGAGGAUGACACCAGCUUGCCGAACGGUACCAUCCAGCAGAUUGCACCGACGAACUGCCGGGACAACGACUACGGCGUCGAGUCAAUAGACUCGGUGAGAGAGGAGCGACCGGGAGCAAAGAGGCAGCGCACGGCCGAGAGCUGGGUCGUCGUGAACAAUCAAGGGGAUAUGGUGUCGCAGCCUUCCACCCCACGUAUAGCUGCGCGAAGAGUGCCAAGUCAUACCAGGUCACCUUCGCAAAUCCCUCGGCCUGUUUCCAGGGUGAACAUGGCAACGCCUGCGCACAAGCGGCCAUCGUUGAUUCCGGUCUCUCGGCGCUCGACGAUGGACAGGACCUCGUUUUACGGCUCCGCGAGCACCAACCCUCAGUCGCCAGGCCAUGUGCGAUCAUACAGCCGCCAAAGCUACGGUUCACCGGUCUUAUCCAACGACAAGUCAUCUAAGAAGAAGAGUCCGUUACCCCCAGAGAGCCAGCGACUUGUCAACAAGUUGCGACGAGAAGAGGUUGAAGACGACGCUCGUAUGCGAAGGAUGAGUUCUCAGAUGAGCGCCAUGCUUCGGGAAGCUCGUGAGGCCCUGGGCAGCAAGUUCGAAAUUGAAGAC